AUGAGUUGUUGUCUUGUAUGGUUAUUAUCAUUGCAUGUUCAGUUGAUGACUAGCAAAUUACUUGUUUCUCUACAAUCUCAAAGGAAAUGCUUUGAUGUCGGGAAAACAUAUUUUGUUUGUGUAAAUGGAAGCACAAUUUGUGACAUGAGCUCAACAACGGUGAAGUCUGCAUACUUUGUAUUCGCGAAGCCUAUAAAUGUUCAAAAUUUAAGAAUGAAACAAUGA